CGGCGGUCACACUAAGCCAGCGUUUCGAUACUAUCACUUUGUUUUCAUUCAACAAAUUCCCUGUGAACUCACUAACGAAAAAUAUUUAGAUCUGAGUCGAAUUUGAGGAGCAAUUCGAUUUAAGCCGAUCUGGUUUGCCAAGCAUAAUGCCCGCGGUCGAGGAGACACAAAUUACAAAGUAUCUUUCAAAGUACAAAUAUAUUGGUGCAACCAAAAAGGACGUGAUAGAUGUGGUCACAUCGUAUCGCAGCUUGACCUACGACCUGCAGAGGUUUGUUUUCAACGAUGGCAGCUCCAAGGAAUUGUUCACCAUACAGGGUACUAUUCCCGUGGUCUACAAAAAUAACACCUACUACAUUCCCAUCUGUAUAUGGUUGAUGGACACUCAUCCCCAGAAUGCACCUAUGUGCUUCGUCAAGCCCACGCCCACCAUGCAGAUAAAGGUUUCCAUGUAUGUGGAUCACAAUGGAAAGGUCUACCUGCCUUACCUGCACGACUGGCAGCCGCACAACUCGGAUUUGCUUUCACUCAUCCAGGUGAUGAUCGUCACCUUCGGCGAUCAUCCGCCCGUGUACUCGAAGCCCAAGGAACAAAUCGCUGCGCCAUAUCCCACAACCUACAUGCCUCAACCGGGCGGACCCGGUGGCAGCAACACGUUUCUGCCUUAUCCGACAGCUGGUGGCGGCAACUUUCCGCCAUAUCCUACGGGCAGCAACUUUCCGCCGUAUCCGCCGGGUGGCGCUGGUCCGGCUGGCCCAUCCGCUGGCUAUCCGCCCUACAUGAACUUCCCCCAGCCAGGUGGCGGUGGCGGUGGCAACCCACCAGCCGCUGGAUAUAACUCCUGGCCCAACCCCAGCCCCACAGGCACCAUAACCGAGGAGCACAUCAAAGCAUCACUCAUCAGCGCCGUGGAGGACAAGCUGCGCCGUCGCAUCCAAGAGAAGGUUAAUCAGUAUCAAGCCGAGAUUGAAACUCUCAACCGCACCAAACAGGAGCUGGUUGAGGGUAGUUCCAAAAUCGAUGCCAUCAUCUCACGCCUGGAACGCGAACAGGUUGAUCUUAAGAAAAACAUCAGUGUGUUGAAGGACAAGGAGCAGGAGCUGGAAAAGAGCUUGGAAACGCUGGAAAGCGCUGAUGCCAUCGACCCCGACGAGGCGGUGACCACCACAGCGCCGCUAUACCGACAAUUACUCAAUGCCUAUGCCGACGAGGCGGCCACCGAGGAUGCCAUCUAUUACCUAGGCGAGGGACUCCGUGGCGGGGUCAUCGACCUGGAGACCUUCCUCAAGCACGUGCGACAACUGUCCAGGAAGCAGUUUAUCCUGCGGGCCACCAUGCAGAAGUGCAGACAAAAGGCCGGGCUGGCCGGAUAGAAUAGCAAUAGUUUCAAAACUUGCCGUGAUUUCUUAUUCGACGGGGGAGUGUGUGCACGUGUAGACGAUUUAUAUGUUAGCGUAAUAUAUAUUCGAUAUUGUUUUAAGCGCAAAUUGAAUCUUUAAAAUUGGAAUUACAAUAAACCUUAAUAAAAAAGAAGGCCUCACGUACGUUCACGCCCACGGA